CCGAGCUGCGGCGGCCUGGGUCGACGCGGCGUGGGGAGGCGGCCCACCCGGGCGGGGUGGGCAGGGCUGGGUGGCUGCCGCGGCAGAGAGGUGGAAGGGCGGCUCGGCAUCCUCGGGGCGGGGCCGUCGAGGGCAGGUGGCCAGUGCGUUUUGUUUCCAGGUCGGCCUCCCCAGAGGCACCUGCAGAAGGGGCCCCAGCCUGGUGCCUCGGCGUCCGGAAAGCUGUGGGAAGGGCGGGGGUCGGUGCCCUCGGGGCGACUCUCGCGCGGGCCCCUGCGGGGACUGAGGAUUAGCGCUGGCCUGCGUGGGGCCUGUUAUGUCCUUGCUUUGGGGGUGCUCCGUAAGGGGAUGCGUGGGGGUGAAGGGUGCGAGGACCACUGACCAGGGCGGUGUAAGGCUCGCGACGAUGAGCUUUUAAACUGGUGUGGUGUGAAUGGUUAUGGCUUAGUCUAAACGGAACAGAAAACCAAGUUGGAGCUCUUGCAGCUUCAUCUGUUUCAAUGGUGCAACUCUCUUCAUCUCCUUUUGGUUACCAGUCACCUUCAGGCCGUUCAGAGGAGGGAAGAGAGGGGAAUAUGAAGUCAGCCAAGCCCCAAGUGAACCACAGUCAGCAUGGGGAAAGCCAGCGGGCCAUGAGCCCCUUGCAGUCUACUCUCAGUUCUGCUGCCUCUCCUUCCCAAGCAUAUGAGACAUAUAUUGAUAAUGGACUCAUAUGCCUUAAACACAAAAUUAGAAACAUCGAGAAAAAGAAGCUCAAACUUGAAGACUACAAGGAUCGCCUGAAAAAUGGGGAGCAACUUAAUCCAGACCAGUUGGAAGCGGUAGAGAAAUAUGAAGAAGUACUACAUAACUUAGAAUUUGCCAAGGAACUUCAGAAAACCUUUUCUGGACUGAGCCAGGAUCUACUUAAAGCGCAGAAGAAGGCCCAGAGAAGGGAGCACAUGCUAAAACUUGAGGCUGAGAAGAAAAAACUUCGUACUAUACUUCAAGUUCAGUAUGUAUUACAGAACUUGACACAGGAACAUGUGCAGAAGGAUUUCAAAGGGGGCUUGAAUGGUGCAGUGUAUUUGCCUUUAAAAGAACUUGACUACCUCAUUAAAUUUUCAAAACUGACCUGCCCUGAAAGAAAUGAAAGUCUGAGUGUUGAAGACCAGAUGGAGCAGUCAUCCUUGUACUUUUGGGACCUUUUGGAAGGUAGUGAGAAAGCAGUGGUAGGAACGACAUACAAACACAUGAAAGAUCUGCUGUCUAAAUUGCUGAACUCAGGCUAUUUUGAGAGUAUCCCAGUCCCAAAAAAUGCUAAGGAGAAAGAAGUAUCAUUGGAGGAAGAAAUGCUAAUAAAAUCAGAGAAGAAAAAACAAUUAUUGAAAACUGAAUCUGUCAAAGAGUCAGAGUCUCUCAUGGAACUUGCACAGCCAGAGAUACAACCCCAAGAGUUUCUUAACAGACGCUACAUGACAGAGGUAGAUUAUUCAAGCAAACAAGAUGAAGAGCAAUCUUGGGAAGCAGAUUAUGCUAGAAAACCAAAUCUCCCUAAAUGUUGGGAUAUGCUUACUGAACCAGAUGGUCAGGAGAAGAAACAGGAAUCCUUCAAGUCCUGGGAGCCGUCUGUUAAGCACCAGGAGGUAUCAAAGCCUGCAGUUUCCUUAGAACAGAGGAAACAAGAUCCAAAACUCAGGUCCACUCUACAGGAAGAGCAGAAGAAGCAGGAUGUCUCCAAACCCAAGUCAGCUCCUAGCCAGUGGAAGCAAGAAGCUCCUAAAUCCAAAACAGGAUAUAUUCAAGAAGAACAGAAGAAGCAGGAGACACCAAAGCCUUGGCCGGUUCAGCUGCAGAAAGAACAGGAUCCAAAGAAGCAAUCUCCAAAGUCUUGGACACCUUCUGUGCAGAAUGAACAGGACAUCAAGUCAUGGACCACUACCAUGUGUGAAGACCAGGAUUCAAGACAGCAAGAGACUCCAAAAUCCUGGGAAAACAAUAUUGAGAGUCAAAAACACCCUUUAACACCACAAUCACAGAUUUCUCCAAAGUCCUGGGGGGUAGCUCCAGCAAGCCUCAUACCAAAUGACCAGCUCCUGCCCAGGAAGUUUAAUACAGAACCCAAAGAUGUGCCUAAGCCUAUGCAUCAGCCUGUAGGUUCUUCCUCGACUCUUCCAAAGGAUCCAGUAUUGAGGAAAGAAAAACUGCAGGAUCUGAUGACCCAGAUUCAAGGAACUUGUAACUUUAUGCAAGAAUCUAUUCUGGAUUUUGACAAACCUUCAAGUGCAAUUCCAUCGUCACAACCGCCUUCAACUACUCCAGGUAGCCCAGUAGCAUCUACAGAACAAAAUCCAUCCAGUCAAAGCGAUUUUCUUCAAGAGCCAUUACAGGCUGCUUCUUCUUCAGUUACCUGUAGCUCAAAUGCUUGCUUGGUUACUACCGAUCAGGCUUCUUCGGGAUCUGAGACAGAGUUUAUGACCUCAGAGACUCCUGAGGCAGCAGUGCCCCCAAGCAAGCAACCGUCUUCACUAGCUUCUCCAAAUCCUCCCAUGUCCAAGGGCUCUGAACAGGGCUUCCAGUCUCCUCCAGCGAGUAGUAGUUCAGUAACCAUUAACACAGCGCCCUUUCAAGCCAUGCAGACAGUAUUUAAUGUUAAUGCACCUCUGCCUCCACGGAAAGAACAAGAAAUAAAAGAAUCCCCUUAUUCAUCCGGCUACAAUCAGAGUUUUACUACAGCGAGUACACAGACACCACCCCAGUGCCAACUGCCAGCGAUACAUGUAGAACAGACUGUCCUUUCUCAAGAGACUGCAGCAAGUUAUCCUGAUGGAACUAUUCAAGUAAGCAAUGGUAGCCUUGCCUUUUACCCAGCACAGACGAAUGUAUUUCCCAGACCCUCUCAACCAUUUGUCAAUAGCCGGGGAUCUGUUAGAGGAUGUACUCGUGGUGGGAGAUUACUAACCAAUUCGUAUCGGUCCCCUGGUGGUUAUAAAGGUUUUGAUACUUAUAGAGGACCACCUUCAAUUACCAAUGGAAAUUAUAGCCAGCUACAGUUCCAAGCUAGAGAAUACCCCGGAACACCUUAUUCCCAAAGGGAUAAUUUCCAGCAGUGUUACAAGCGAGGAGGGACAUCUGGUGGUCCUCGGACAAAUUCAAGAGCAGGGUGGAGUGAUUCUUCUCAGGUGAGCAGCCCAGAAAGAGACAACGAAACCUUUAACAGUGGUGACUCUGGACAAGGAGACUCGCGUAGCAUGACCCCUGUGGAUGUGGCCGUGACAAACCCAGCAGCCACCAUACUGCCAGUACACGUCUACCCCCUGCCUCAGCAGAUGCGAGUUGCCUUCUCAGCAGCCAGAACCUCUAAUCUCGCCCCUGGAACUUUAGACCAACCUAUUGUGUUUGAUCUUCUUCUGAACAACUUGGGAGAAACUUUCGAUCUUCAGCUUGGUAGAUUUAAUUGUCCGGUGAAUGGCACUUAUGUUUUCAUUUUUCAUAUGCUAAAGCUGGCAGUGAACGUGCCCCUGUAUGUCAACCUCAUGAAGAAUGAAGAGGUCUUGGUAUCUGCCUAUGCCAACGAUGGUGCUCCAGACCAUGAGACUGCUAGCAACCAUGCGAUUCUUCAGCUCUUCCAGGGAGACCAGAUAUGGCUACGUUUGCACAGGGGAGCAAUUUAUGGAAGUAGUUGGAAAUACUCUACAUUUUCAGGCUACCUUCUUUAUCAAGAUUGAAAGUCAGUGCAGAAUUGACAGUAAAAGGAUGGUGUUCUAAUUAGUGGGGUCAAAGGAGAAACGUAGUCUUUGCCGUUGUGACUGAUUGGUUUAGGAAAAUGGUUUCAUUCCUAGAGGAAGGAGGAGGUCCUUACUUUUUUGUUUUCCUCCCCAAGGUGAAAAAUUUCAAGCUGAAUGACAAUUAGCACUAACCUGGCACUUUAUAAAUUGUGAUGUAGCCUCGCUAGUCAAGCUGUGAAUGUAUAUUGUUUGCACUUAAUCCUUAACUGUAUUAACGUUCAGCUUACUAAACUGACUGCCUCAAGUUCAGGCGAGUUAUAAUGCCUUGUUGUGCCUCAAUAAAAAAGUUACAUGCA